UUUGUGUUGUUUAUUAAUCAAAACAAGACGAAAGGCAAAAAUGCAUAUUUCUACGUGGCAAACAAAUUCCCUUUGCGCAAUUAUUUUAAUAAUAUUUUUAAAAAUUGUAGCAACACAAAUCGUUUCACAAGAAGUGCCCAAACCAUGGUAUGAAAAUCUACCGGCUGUGGCCAUGGACUACAAGGUCCACAUAGAUGCCGGAAAAGAAGAUUGCUAUCAUCAAUAUGUACAGCCCGGAGCAACAUUUUAUGUUUCCUUUAGUGUUGUUCGUGGUGGUGAUGGUAUGGCUGGUUUUGCCGUUCGUAAUCCAGCCGGUCAAAUUGUAAAGCCCUAUCAGUGGCAAGCUACUGCUGACUACACCGAUCAAGUAUCUCCUGGUGGUUACUAUUCUGUGUGCAUCGAUAAUCAAUUUUCACGUUUUGCUGGCAAACUUGUGAAUAUUUAUAUUACGGUGGUCAAAUAUGAUGCCUGGGAUAAGUACGCCAAAGAAAUUGAAGAAUUGCAACUUAAUAUGGAAAACUUUACAACCACCAUUGGCACCGUAGAACGUAACAUCAACGAUAUGUUGGCCUAUCAAUAUCACAGUAGAAAUCGUGAGGCACGUGAUUAUGCCCUAGUAAUUGAUAAUAAUUCAUACAUACAGACAUUUUCGAUUUGUCAAAUUGUUGUUAUUAUUAUUACCUGUUCUGUCCAAGUGUUCUUUGUUCGUAAAUUGUUUAGUGUAAAGGAAGGUUCCCGCAGCCGUAUAUAAUGAUAAAAUCAUAAAAAAUACUUUCUAUACAGAAAAAAAGAAAUGAAAGAAAAGACUUUGCCAUCAUGAACAUUAGAAAAAAAUCUAUCAUUCAUUAUUUUUCUACUGCACUUUUCAACGUCCAAACACUUCUUCUAAUUCUAUUUGAUCUAAAAACAAGUCUACAUGGGAAUUUCGGGCCUAAAAUCUUAAACAAAAAUUUUACAAUUAUUUGAAGUGACUUAACCAUUUUUUUUUAACUUUGUACAUUUAAUUCUAAUUCCAUGCAUUUGCAAUAUUUAUUUGAAAUUUUAAAUGUUUAUUGCAACUUUAAUCAGUAUGUUGCCAGUGUGCUGCUUAUGUUUUUGUCUAUUGAUGUUAUGUAGUCGUUGGUAUGUUUAUUAUUGCACUCCAUGUUCAUUGUUCCAUUAAUUUUUAUAUAUUGAUAUUGAGAUCUACUACAUACUAAUUGUAUAUUUUCUAUUUUGCUUCUAACGCAAAACAGAGAAAAAUGUAUUUUUAUAAAAAAAAAACAACAAAAAUAAAAAAGAAACAUACUUUAAGAAUAAUCAUUCUAUUAUUAUUUUAAA